UUAAUAAGUAAGAAAAUGACCAAACUUAAGACUCGUGAUCUCAGAGGAAAAAAAAAGGAGGAAUUGAUGAAGCAACUUGAGGAACAAAAAACGGAGCUAGCUUCACUCCAGGUAUCAAAAGUUGUCGGUGGGGGAGCACCAAAGUUGUCGAAGAUUCGGACCGUUCGGAAGAAUAUUGCUCGAAUUUUAACGGUCAUUAAUCAGACACAGAAGCAAGAAUUGAGGAAAUUCUAUAAGAUAAGUUUUUGCCGGUCCCAAAAUGGUUAUUUUAGAAAAAUGAAUAUGGCAAAUGAGUGUAUAAAAGAAAUAUUAUUUCAGAAAAAGCACUUCAAGCCUUUGGAUUUACGACCAAAGAAGACGCGAGCCUUGCGUAGAGCAUUAACAGAACGUGAAACUAAUUUGAAAACGAAGAAGCAGCUUGCUAAACUUCGUAAAUUCCCGAUGAGAAAAUAUGCGGUCAAAGCAUAG